UUUCUUUCACUGAUUAUGAAAAUAAAUAAGCUGCUGUGUUAGUGUGAAUUCAGUAUAUUAUGAAUUCAGUUACUUUCUUUUUUUCAGAACUUCCACGUGUGUCCCUCUCAGAGGAAAAGCUGGUUUCUCAGGAAUUUCCCCACAAACUGAGCUGCAAUUGCCAGAACUACUAUCCACUGGAUUGCAAGAUGGAGUGGUUCUCGGUAUCCCCUGACGACGUGGAGAGGACAGAGCUGAGUGGGGAGAUGUCCCUAUCCAGCCACCGUCAGCACGGUGACGGGACCGUCUCCCUGUCCUCCCACCUCUACCUCCAGCACCGCAGCCUCCCCCCCGGCACCGGCCUCAUCUGCAGGGUCAGCCACCCUGCCCUUGGGUCCCCCAUCUCAAUCAGCCUGGUGGUGCAGCCACCCGCCUCCGUGCGAACAGAAGUCUACUGGAUGGGGCUGGGUUUCCUGCUGAUCACUGUGCUGUUCUUCUACCAGCUCAUGAGAUAGAACGAUAAUUUCUUGAAGAUUCCUGAGGUGAUUUGGGGAAAACCGGUUGUAACAAGCUGUACAUUUUAGUUUCCGUAGAAAGUCUUUGCAUUUGUUUGCAGCGUAGAGCAACACAGAUGGCACAACCGAAAAUAAAUGGUACAAAAUAUAUAAAAUGGCAACGACUAGUUCCUGAUGUUUAAAAUAGAAUCGAGCACACUUAAACUUCUAUUGAUGAGUUCUUUAUUGGCAUCAGCAAAAGUGGUAAGCAUGCAAUUUUACAGAAUUAUCAAUUUCCAAUUGCAUCUCUCACUGCAUUUCAAUGGUAAUUACCCAGUUAUAGUGUUGUACAUUAUCACUAGGUAAUUGUGAUGAACACUAGGUUUAGCUUUUUUUUUACACUUCAAAAUCAGUCUUGGGAAAAGAUAUCUGGCUUUCCGUUAUUUCUGACAACCAUUAAAAAACCUCCAACAACCUUGAGCCUGCUUUCGGUAGCAGGAAGUGACCAAGCUGACCAGACUCCUUUGAAGACCUAAACCAGUGUUGUAUUGUAUCACUUGAUUUCCUUUCCCUAUACUAAUUGUAUUUUUCCCCCUCAAAACACAAGUGAAUUAAACAAACAUUGUCCUAACUAUGGAGCAUCAUGGCAUUGCAUUCGCAUUAAUAAUACCUAGAUCAAAGAUACAUUUAUACACAGGUCCUUUAAACAACUACCAAACUGAAAUUAAAUAAAUCGGCAGUUCGUUUCAGAAAUGGCAGAUAUACAGGUCACACACACACAUACACACAACUAUGGACACCCUUGCCAUGCAAGUUGGAAACGAGCACCUCACUUCGGCCUUUUCUCUCGGUGACAAGGUGUGUGUCUGGUGUGGAGGGGGUCAGAGAGGAGGAGGAGGGGCAGAGUCAAAGGGUGAACAACAAGUGGACACAAAGUUCUGAGCGACUGCAGUACAAACACAGGGUUAAGAUCGGGCUAUGGCUGUAAAUGUUGCGAGACCUUUCUUCACAAGUCGAAGCAGUCCUGGUUAGAAAGAUUGUCUUUUUUUUUACUGAUGAUUCAUUUAUUUAAAUCUUUUUUCUGUGCCCCCUGCCCAUCGUGUUUACGAUCUCUUCCAACAAGACUCAAGAGACCUGACUCGAGAAAUAGCAGCUUCAUAGAGGUUUCUUUAUUUUUUUUCAAUCUAAAAUUGCUUUAGUUUACAUCAAAAUUAAGUUUUAACUAUAUGGGAAGGAGAAAAUAAAAUAUGUCACUAUGGUCUUUCUAAACCUUAAUUACUUUUGUCUUUUCAUUAUACACACACCCACAUGCACAAACACACACACACACACACAAGAGUACACACACACACACGCACCGCCUCAUCUUUACUGGUCACUUAAUCUUAUUUGUUAUUAUUAACAUAAAGCCAUUCAGAAAUUAUGAAAGACACUAAGCACAGGAAAUUAAAUAAACAAAUAAAUGACGGAUCUAUAUGAUGAAUCACCAACAAAAAAAACUAUUAGCUACAGCGCCUUGAAUCACAAAUACACACACACAUACACGCACAGCAAAAAAUGAUCCUAAUCUUAAUCUAACCACGAACUUGUAUUAGUAAGUAUUUAUGGUUGUUAUCGGUGGGGUCGAGGGUGGGUGGGGACAAUGUCAGUUAGGCAUGUCAGUAUUCAUUUACAAAUGUCAGACACUGAAAAUGGUUGAAGAAACAAGCUGUGGCAUAUGAGGGACGGACAGGACUUCUGUGGGCUAUCCUGUGUCUCCUUCUCCUGCCCUAUGCUGACGUUCCCCCAGAGAGCAAGGUCUGUCUUCUCUUCUUGGACCCCUUCCCAUGAGCGCCUUUAAGCUCUCCCUACUAUCUUUGUCUCUCUCUCUCUCUCUCUCUCUCUCUCUCUCUCUCUCUUUCUCUCUCUAUCCCGCCAUCUCUCUCUAUCCCACCAUUUCUCUCCAUCUAUCUCUCUCCUACCAUCACUUUCUUCCCCUCUCUUCCUCCUUUCCUUCCUUUGAGCUACGCUCUUCAAUAAUGCAUUAUAUGCAGAGAAGAUAGGAGAAUGUGAUCGAGCGUCCAUGUCACAACCGUAGGAGAGAGAGAGAAAGAGAGAGAGACAGGUGGGACAUACUUCGUGGGUGUAUGAAUGCAGGGUGUGGGAUGGAAGACUGUGAAGAGAGGGAGGAGAAGGAGAAAAAAGGAGGAGUAGAUUUGGCGCUUGGACUUGUCUUAUUUUUUUCUCUCUCUUCCCUCAUCUUACGUCGUCCGUUAGUCCGCCUCUAGGUGAUCGGACGAGAGCUCAGUAGAAGAAGUACA